GAUACUUGGCAAAUUGCUAGGCCUCUCUUUUCAUUCCAGAUAUAUAGAAUCUUGCCACGCAAACACUGCAUUACAGUCUGCUUCAGGAUAGCAACAUGGCGCUAAGGGUUGUCACAAGAAGCUUCCUAUCAAAAUCACAGAGUUUAUAUGCAGGGAACAUAUUGGCCCAGAAAUGUUUUGCAAGCUCGGAUUCUCCAAGGAAAACCACCCAGUUGAAGAAAAUGUUGAAUUCAUCUGAACUUGAGUUUCUGAUGGAAGCCCACAAUGGCCUUGCAGCGAAAAUUGUACAAAAUGCAGGUUUCAAAGGCAUUUGGGGCAGUGGAUUAUCAAUAUCAGCAUCAUUAGGAGUUAGAGACAGCAAUGAAGCUUCUUGGACACAAGUUUUAGAUGUUCUUGAAUACAUGAGUGAUGCUACAGAUAUCCCUAUACUUUUGGAUGCUGAUACUGGCUUUGGAAAUUUUAAUAAUGCUCGCAGACUGGUACGAAAGUUAGAAGAAAGAGGUGUUGCAGGAGCCUGUAUGGAAGAUAAGUUGUUUCCUAAAACAAACUCACUUUUAGAUGGAAGAGCCCAACCAUUGGCUGAUGUAGAAGAGUUUGCCCUGAAGAUCAAGGCCUGCAAAGAUCACCAGAGAGACCCUGAUUUCUGCAUUGUAGCUAGAGUAGAGGCAUUCAUUGCUGGUUGGGGCUUGGAUGAAGCAUUGAAACGAGCCGAUGCCUAUAGAGAAGCAGGGGCUGAUGCCAUAUUGAUGCAUAGCAAGAGAAGUGACUCUUCUGAAAUUGAGGCCUUCAUGAAAGCAUGGAACAACAAGUGCCCAGUGAUAAUUGUGCCAACCAAGUAUUACAAAACACCAACAGAUACAUUUAGAGACUGGAAAGUGUCAACAAUUAUUUGGGCAAAUCACAAUGUGAGAUCUGCUAUAACUGCCAUGCAAAACACAACAAACACAAUCUUCAAAGAACAGUCAUUGGUCAAUGUUGAGCCAAAUAUUGCAACUGUUAAAGAUAUAUUUGCUUUGCAAAACGACCAAGAGUUAGUUGAAGCAGAAAAGAUUUAUCUUCCUAAAAACUGAAACAAGUAUCAUCAUAGGUAUUGACAUUUAUAUUAGAAAUCAAUUAUUAUCCUUAGGGAAAAAAACAGUGCUCCUUGUCAGGGAAUGAUGGUUGAAUUGUUUUUAUACUUAGAAAUAUUGUAUUCAUAAUAGCUAAGAAAAUUUCUUUGAGAACAGAACAAAAUAAAGUUAUAUUGUGUUUCAAAUGCAGGAUGAAUUUUAACAUAUAUACAAUGUAAAUUCAAAUUCAAAUUCGUAUCAAAGAUGACCUUUUGACUAGAAA